CGCAUAAUGAUCUAAAAAUUCUUUGAUACAUAAAUUUUACAACAAUAACAAUAAAUGUUGGUUUCUAAUGAAUUUUACUAUUUUUUGUUAAAUUUUUAAAGAUGAUUUAAUACAAGUAAUGCAUGGAUACUUAAUUUUUUUGGCCUUUUUUCCCCCUACUUUCGUCACACCACUUGUUACCGGAAAUUACGACAAAAGCAUGUGGAUGAAAGAAUAUGUGGUGUGAUUUCUGGGAAGUAUACUCAAGUCUUCUCUCGAGUCUGCUCUAUGAUAUCCUUGCAUCUUCCAUUGCACACGUGUAUAUCUUUAGUUUUGCAUUCCUGGAACAUUACCACGUUCAAUGCUCUAAUAUAUCUUCACCAAAGACUUCCAAGUUUUUAAAAUAGUUACAAUUCCUUCCUACAUUAGAUUUUAUCCUUGAUAUAUAUUAAGAUGGAUUUCUUCAAAUUCUUCAAAUUCCAUAAAUAUAACAAGCCACAGGCAACAGAGGCGCCAGAAAAUGUUGUCCCGGCCUCCGAAUCAGUCAUGGACGACAUUCAACCACAGACGGAGUCCGCAACGAUCACAGACGAUCAGAGCAAAUUCAACAGCACCAUCAACAUUGCCACUAAUAUUGCUCAACUUGAAAACGAAUUUCGAGUCACCUUAAUCAGCCUCACCAACCCAACCGGCAACAAUCCAAGUAAGUCUUCCACAAGCUCAUAUUCCAUAACCGAUAGUGGUCCUAGCUAUGAGGACUAUCAUUUUGUACGGUUGAAUACGGUGAAAAAAGAUGAUCUUUGCAGCAUCGCCCAGAGAAUGAAAUCUGCCAGAAAUCUUGAGAAGGGGGUUGAGGUGUACCAGAGUGUAAGGAAGACUUUCCUGGACACAAGUCUCCGAAAACUCGGUAUCAAGAAAUUAAGUAUGAGUGACAUUCGUAGUUUGGAGUGGGGAGCGUUUGAGGGGACAAUCAGACAGUGGAUACAAGGUGCUAAGAUUUGGGUUAGUGUUCUGUUUGUGAGCGAAAAGAGACUUUGUAAGCAUGUGUUUGGAGGUCUUGGAAAUGGCAUUGACGAUAACUGUUUCGCGGGAACUGUUAAAGAUCCUGCAUUUCAAUUAUUUGAGACUGGGAAAGCAUUAAGCAUCUGUGCAGGCGAUAGAUCACGACACCCGGAGAAGCUGUUCAGAAUUUUAGACCUCCACCAAAUGUUGGUGCAGCUUUUGGAUGAUCUCGACAUUAUCUUUAAGUCCAAAUCAUUAGAAUCUGUUGGAAUUGCGGCUGCUGAGAUGCAGUCACAGCUUGCCAAAGCUGCAAGAGAGACUCUACUGCAAUUUGAAAAUGACAUGCUUCAUGAGCAGUCUCAUUUUCAGGAUCAGAGAGGUGGGAUUGACAGAGUGACGACAUUUGUUACGAAAUACAUUUCUCAGAUCGCUUACUACAAUGAAGGUCUAACUAAACUGAUCGUGUCAAAGCCAGAUUAUAGGAGUAAUAUUUGUGGUGAUCAUAUGACAAUUCCAGAAGUGAAACUUGCUCAACUUGAUGCGUGUACUAGUAGUACUCCAUUGGUGGUCCAUUUAAUUUGGAUCAUUGAAAUUUUACAAUUCAAAUUGGAGGCUAAAUCCAAGUGCUACGCGGACGCCUCUUUGACUCAAUUAUUCAUGAUGAACAAUGUUCACUACAUUGUUGAAAAAAUCAAAGAGGACCAGGAUUUGGGAGAGAUGAUUGGGGAGGAUUAUUUGAAGACGUUGAUCGAAAAUGUGCAGCUACGAAUGAAUGCCUAUAUGGGAUUGACAUGGGAGAGGGUCCUCUAUUGUCUGAGAGAUGAAGGAUUAUAUGCGAGUCCGGGUGCUUCUUUGAAGGUAUCCAAAACUACAUUGAAAGAGAGAUUCAAGACCUUCAAUGCUACGUUAGAAGAGGUUCAUCAGAAUCAAGCCAAAUGGGUGGUACCAAAUGGACACAUCCGAAGUAAGCUUUGCCAUUCCAUAUCCGAGAAGCUGAUUGGGGCUUACAGCUCCUUUUUCAAGCGGUUCAAGAGCCAUUUAGGGAACCAGAAUCAGCAAGAGAAAUACAUUUAAGUAUACAGUUGAGGACCUUAAGAUGGUGAUCACAGCUUUCAAGAGUGGGUAACAAGCAAGCUAUGUCCGCCUAGAUAGCACCUUGUCCGAACACCUACUAUGUAACCCAUAAGCUCUGCUUUCGAGUAAAAAUGUAUCUAAUAUCAUAUUCAAGGUAGUUGAUGUACAACGUGAAUUUAUGUGAUAUAUGAUUUGUACUUUGUAGUGAUUGAUGGGAGACGUGUGGGGUCUACAAAGAAAAUGCGUGUGGGCAGCAAUGAAUAAGGAGUGGAACAAGUAGACAGUGAAGACUUAUGUGGGUAGGCAAGCGAAUUAAAUGGGCAGAACAAGAGUCUUUUUCUUUAUCCGUGUGAAAGCAAUACAGUAGAACAAAACUGUUCAACUGUUCAAGUUUGGUCAACGAUUUUCAAGUUGUUAAAAACAUAGAAAUGAAUUGAAUCCUAUUGGAUUGUCUUACCAUUCAAUUUUUAUAUUCAAGAUUUUGAUAAAAUGGUUUUCAAAUUCUUAAAAUUCCGUAGAAGUAAAACAUGUUGUGCCUUGGAAUUAAUAUUGAGUUGGGGUUCUACUAUAACUGGAGCGGCCAAAGAAGGAAGUAUCUUCAAAGGAGAUCGCUCCAAAUCUGAUCAGUAUUUGCACGCCGUUGAUGAGAUUCAACUAUGGACAGAGUCGGCCACCAUCUUAGACAACCAGAUCAAAGCCAACACCGUUAUUCAGAUCGCCAUGGCUCGGCUUGAGAGCGAGUUUCAGAACAUCUUGAUCAGCCUCACCACUCCAAUCACUACUUGCAAGCACGGACCCAAGCGCCCCCUCUCAAAUUAUUUUUCAACUCUGUCACUGCCAAUGACAACCAAUUUAGAGGCUUAUCCAAGGUCUUCAACUUAUUCGAGUUCAAGAACUACCGAUCCGAGGUCAUCAACAUUUUCGAGUUCAGUAACUUAUAGUACUAAUCUUUACCAAAAAACAAGAAUAACUGAUAGUACUACUGGCUUUGAAGAUUAUAACUAUGUAGAGUUCAGUACGAAGUUCAAACAAUCCAUAGAUGAUCUGCGGAGCAUUGCAGUGAGAAUGAACUUCGCAGGACAUCUUCCUAAGUGCAUUGAGGUGUACCAGAAUGCACGCAAGGUUUUGUUCGAAUCAAGUUUUCAAAGACUCGGAAUCCAGAAAUUGAACAUUGAUAGCUUCGUAAAAUGGAUUGGAAAGCAUUGGAAGAGAAAGGGAGACAGUGGAUACGAGCUGCAAAGAUUUGUGUCACCAAUCUCUUUGCAAGCGAGAAGAAACUCUCUGAGCAAAUCUUUGGAGGUCUUGGAACUCAUUCAGAUGAUGAAUGUUUUGUGGAGGUCGUUAAAGACCAUGCAAUUCAGCUAUUCAAAUCAGGGGAAGCCAUAAGCAUCUGCCUUGGUGCUCCAUCAAGGCGCCCUCAGAAGUUCAAAAUUUUAGACCUCCACGACCAGUUUUCGAAAAUUUUGCCUGAUCUUGACGUUGUUUUUCAACUGAAAUCAUUAGAAUGUAUUCGAACUCGGGCUGCCGGGAAUGGGAUGCUGCCUCUGGCCCUCUGCUUGCUGAGGCUAAAAGAGGUGUUCUACCGGAAUUUUGAGAAUAGUGUGCUUCUUGAGCAGUCGAGCUCUCAGGAUCAAAGAGGUAGAAUUAACACCUUGACAACAUAUGUCAUGGCUUAUGUUACUCGGAUCUCUUCAUACAAGGAAACACAAACUGAAUUGAUCAUAACAAAGCAGUCAAAGAAAGAAGAUAUGAGGAAUUCAGGUGAUCUGACAAUUCCAGAUAUGACAUUGGAUGAACUUGAGGGGCGAACUCCGUUGGUGGUACAUCUGAUUUGCAUCAUUGAAAUUUUACAGUUCAAGUUGGAGGAUAAAUCAAAGUGCUACAAGGAUACCUCAUUGGCUCAAUUUUUUCUAAUGAACAAUGUUCAGUACAUCGCUCAAAAAGUCCAAGAGCACCCGAAAUUGGGUGACAUGAUUGGCAACGAUUACCUGGAGAAGUUAACUGAAAAUGUCAGGCUACUUAUGGCUGGCUAUCUCAAAUCAACAUGGGGGAGGGUCACCUAUUGUCUGAGAGAAGAGGGACUCAAAGCAACCCAGAGUCUUUUUUCUGGGGUGUCAAAGAGUCCGUUGAAAGAGAGGUUGAAAACCUUCAAUGCUACAUUUGAAGAGGUUCAACAAACUCAAGCAAGAUGGGUGGUACCAAACAUCCAACUUCGAAAGAAGCUUCGCCUUUCAAUAUUGGAGGAACUCAUUCCGGCCUACAUCUCCUGCGUCAAGUUGUUCAAGAACCAUAUAGGGAGUGAAGAUCACCUAGAGAAAUUCAUUAGGUACUCAGUUGAGGACCUUAACACUGCAGUGUCUAAUUUCUUUGUGGGCAUUGUUGAGGUUCAAAUCUGAUCCCCAAGGAACCAACUUAUCUCGAGUUUUUCAGCUGUUUACUGCUAAAAUUGCUAGGAUUUCAGAUCAUUCACGAGGAAGUUUCAUCCUCAGUCUUAGUCAUUAAAGGAAUAUGAUAAAAGCGACUCUAGAAUAAGCAAUUCUUCAGUAGAAAUACAAUAUAGAAAGAAAAUGAGAAAAUUAUGUAAAUGCUUGAAUGAGAUU